AUCUGCCGAGCUGCACAGCAAUUUCAUUUAAAUCAUAAUUGCACUAAAAUUUAGAUCCAAAUUUCAUUAUCAUGGCUUGUGAAUGAAAAACCCGUUUUUCCGAUAUAACACUUUGUAAUCUGACACGUCCUUUCAAAAUGACAGUGUAAACUUAAUGAUUAAGAUAAAUAUUUGAUCCUCAAUAUCCACCAAGCUAGAGUCAUGCUUCAUUUCUCUCUAUUUCAAUUGCCUACUGAAUAAUGGCCGACCGUAACUAAUAUAAAUAACUCCCUAGCAACUGGGAAAGUCAACCGUCAAUAUCUGCUUCUGUAAGAGAGCUUUCUGAUCGUUGACAGUAGUUAUUGUUUUAAAUAUCAAUUAUUUAAAGGAAACUUGAUCUUCAGAGGUUGCCAUGGAGAACAGCAAGUUAUACCAGGCCCUUGUUGGGUGUGAUGAGAGUGAAGCCUUAAAACAACUUGAAGAGCCCGAGGAAGGGUUUGAUGUUAGCGCCCGCAAUGAACGAGGCGAGACUUUCCUUCAUGUUGCUGUGCGAACUCUCAAAUCCAUACAGGUUAUAAAGGCACUGAUGGACAAGGUCGAUAUCACGACUAAAGAUGAAGAUGGAAACACUGCUGUAGAAAACAUGUUUGAUGAUGAAGAUUUUCCAGAAGAAGGGGAGAGUGUGUUUAAAGAGGCCGUUAAACGGAAGAUCAAGGGUUUAAAGAAGAAAGAGCGAGAAGAGAUGCUGCUGCGAGGCUGGCUUGAUCUCUGGUUAGAUGACGACGAUGAUGAUGAUGACGAUGAUGAAGAAAAGAAAGAAUUCAACUCAACAGUCAAACAAACAGUGGGUCAGGUUGAAGACCUUCACAAGGCUGUCAGGGAGAGCCAAUGGGAUCGAGUCAAGGAACUUAUGGAGGAUGGAAAGCUUGUGUGCGCUGCUGACAGGACUGGGUUACCUCCCUUGCACGAGGCAGUCAUUCUUGGCCUCGGUGAUAUUGUGGAAAACAUCGCUAAAACCUUUGCUGAGUCUUUGAAAGCUACUGACUCUAUGGGACGUACUGCCCUACAUUACGCAGCAGGCAGGAGAGACGGAGGUCACCUGUAUGAAGUUCUUGUUAAUGCUGGGGCCGAAGAUGAUGCUCAAGACAUUAACCAAAAGACGCCCAAAGAAAUCAAUGAGAACCCUGACCUUCUUCCAGGGGAGAAAACUGCUGAAAAACUGCAGAAGAAACUGGCUAAACCAGUGCUAACAUGUCAAAGGAAGAAACAAGCACAGACUCAGGAAGAAGAUGCCACGCAAACAGCUGAGGGUGAUGAUGAGAAGCCAAGUACACCCCCAAAGUCUGCAACCCCGCCACCCGCCAAGAAACCCCAGAUGCCACCUGUUGACCCAAACAAGCCUGUCCAGAUGUACAUCUCUCCAGACGUUCGCCAAAAUCCCCCACCCACCACUGUCGAUGGCAAAUAUGUCUCUGAACACCUCGGCCAUGCCCUGACUAUCGCCCUGGCUCAGAUUGCUGAACAACGCCCAUGGGAUCCUAUCGAAUACCUGGCUCACUUUCUGUACAAAUACCAGGAAAAUGCCAACCAUAACAAGAGGCAAAAGGCGAUCCUCUCCCAGAUCCGUGAAGAAGAGGAGGCUAAGAAACAGGAAAGAGAAUCACGCGAUAAACGGAGGGCAGAGUUACAUCGCCUCCAGGAGGAGGAACGGAGGCAGCGUGAAGCCGCCGAGGAAGAAAGACGGAGGAAGGAGCAGGAGGAACUACAGAGGAAGGCAAAAGAGGCAGCCUUGAGCCAACAACCUGGCUUGGAAACAGUGAUGGAGGACAAAGAAGAAGACGAGACGCCCAAGGAACGAUCCCACAAAGAUGAACAUGGACAGACAGAGCUCCACAAACUGGCAAGCCAGCAGGCGGCAGACCUUACAACGCUUCUGAGCAUGGGUUACAGUCCAGGUGAAAGGGACGAGAAUAAUAAGACUGCAAGAGAUAUUGCGGAGGAGAGUGGAGUUAAAGAGAAUGUAGAAGCAAUUGACAAAUAUGUCCAGAAACUUGUGGAAAUGGAAGAAUUGGACACUCUUCAAGACCUUCUCCUUGCUGGCUAUGACAAGUUUGACGUCGUCCUUGAUCGCCUCAAAGAACAGACAAAUACACUGCCAGAAGAUACACAAACAUUCCUUAAAGAACUAUCUGAAUUACAGGAACGAAUCUCAGCUGUGUUUAAAGCUGUGCAGACAGAAGGACUUCGAGACUUAAACCAGGCUCUAGAGCGCAAGAAACUCGCAGGUGCCAAAGAUGUCCAAGGGAGAUCACCCCUCCAUUUAGCAGUGCUUGUUGGCCACAAGGAAGCCGUAGAACACCUGGCAUCAAACUUUCCUGUGACAUUGAAGUGUAAAGAUAACCUGGAGAGGACCCCCCUACAUUACGCUACAGCUGUCUCACAAGAGAUGGCAGAACUUCUGCAGAAACAUGGCGCUGAUGCACUGGCACAAGAUGCUAAAAAACACACACCCGCAUUCUACAGGGAUAAUCCAGAGGAUGUGCAAGCACUGAAAGGUUCCCUGCCCUCUCUUUACACUGGUACCCAGCAGGAAACCGGCCAACAAGAAAUGGGUGAAGAAUCACAAGGAGGAACCAGCCAACAGGAAGUAGAUCAAGAUUCUCAGCCGGGAAAUGGACAGGAACAGGAAGAGGGUCAAGAAACACAACAGGAAGCAGGGCAGCAGCAAAUGGAAUAGUUGAAGCAGAAUUUUUCCACAACUCCAAUUAUAGGGAAAAGAACAGCACUUAUUAAUACCUAAAGACUUCCAAAUAUUAAUACUACUGAAUCAAAUUUAUUUUUUCAAUGGGUUUUUGUCUUUUAUGUGUGAAUUAGCAUAUGCUUGUAAUAAUAUUGCUUUAUCUUCAUUUCCAAUUUGUAGAUCUAUGGGUUUCAUGUUUAUGUAUAAUAUAAUCCUACAUGUUUGUAUGUAUUAAUUAUGUGAUGUUUAAAAGCAAAAAUCUUUUAUUAUUAACAAGAAACAUUUGCAAGAUAAAAUGUAAAUAUAUUGGCAAUACUUUAUUUUUAAAUAUUAUACAUUUAUACAUAGUAUUUGUACUCUGCAUUUAGAACUAUGUGUGUGUUUUUUACAAAAAUGAUUUUAGAGUUAUCAUAAUAUGAUAUUUUUUCUCUACGCAAUAUACUUAUUCUACUUUUUAGAUACUGCAUUUUACUAUUUUAACAGGUUAUAGAUCUAUUUUAUUUUGAUCAAUAAAACCAACUUUUAAAAUAUCCAAUGU